AUGACGACAGCCGUGGCUAUACAACCUGCCAUGCCGCGCCCGACUCCCGUGCCCAUCGCCGCUGCCCGCCCCAAGAAGCAGCACAAGCCGUCGCCCGGCAAGGAGAACCACGUCGCGGGCAAGCCUGUGUCGUCCACAGUCGGCCCAGUUGCCAACAUUCGAACAAGGAGAGAGAGGCCUUGCGACGCCUGCCGCAGGAGGAAGAGUCGCUGUGUGAUUCACGAGGGCGCCGUGCUCUGCGUGCUGUGCGAGUUCCACAAGCAGGAGUGCACCUUCGUGCAGAGUCCGCUGCCACGCAAGAGGAAGGUCGUUGACGGCGAGAAGAAGGAUUCGCCCAGUGCCCUGAAAAAGAGCAAGCCGGUUGAUGCAGAGCCUCCACCACUAGCGCUGCCGACGCCCACGAUAACUGCCACCGCGCCCAGUCCACCGCAUCAGUCCCCAUUGGGUAACGUGCACAUACCCCAUCUGGGAGAGACACUUGGUCUGCAGCGACGUCAGCACAGUAGAUAUAUCGGUCUAAGUUCUCCCUUUGACUCACUACUUGUUGGUCUUUCCCACUUUGAUGCCCGCAACGAAUCUCCCACAGACCUUGGUACUCUGAGAAGAGUCAAUGAUCAUGAAUGUUUCAUCAUGUUGCCCGAUGAGAACACACACGAGUACGUCGAUGAGGCAGAGACUCUGAACCAAGUCGAGCAGUGUGUCGGCGGCCAUGGUCCUGCUCUUCUCGAGUUGUACUUCCGCAUAGUUCAUCCCAGCUUCCCAAUCAUUCAGAAACAUCUCUUCAUCGGGCGGUAUCGGAAUGGCGAUCGAUCCUUUACGCCUGCUCUGAUUGCUGGCAUGUACAUCUUAGCUCUCAAUUGGUGGUCUUUAGAUCCGAGGUUAGCACAUCUUCCCAAGCCAGACAUCGCUCGCCUCGAAGCGAUAGCGAUGAAUUCGUUGUCGAGGUCUAUGGAGAAGCCGAAGUUGUCGACGGUUCAAGCAGGUUUGCUCUUGCUGCAGCGUCCAGAAGCAGAUAACUGGAGCUUAACGACACAGUUGGUGGCUAUUGGUCAAGAGCUUGGUCUGCAUCUUGACUGCUCCGGAUGGUCGAUCCCUCGGUGGGAACGCGGUCUGAGGAAACGCAUCGCGUGGGCGCUGUACAUGCAGGAUAAGUGGAGCUCGUUGAUCCACGGUAGACCAUCUCAUAUCUUCAGCGCGAACUGGGCUGUGCAGCCGAGUACGGACGAUGACUUCAAAGAGGAAGGCGAUGGCUACGAAGCCCGGGCUGACGAAACCGAGGACGAGUACGAAGAGAACCAGCGCGGUCAGACUCUGUUUGCGCAGAUGAUUGGUCUCACUCAGAUCAUGGCCGAGGUCAUGGACACAUUCUAUACGCAGGUCGCGAUUCAGGACUUCAAGAACGCCGGGAAGAAUUCGACACAAUUAAUUCUUCAACGCGCGAAACCUGUGCAGAUCAAGCUAAGGCAAUGGCACGAGAGACUCCCAGCCAAUGUAAAAAUGAACGCGCAGACCAAGAGCAAGUUCUCUUCGCUAGGCUACCUGCACCUCGCGUACUUCGCUACCGAGAUUACGCUCCACAGGCGCAUCGUACAAUCACUCGCCUCAGACCACGAUCCCUACGGCUUCUACAUGAUCCGCAACGCCGCAAAGACGCGCCUCAUCUCCGCCAUGGACUUCGUCAACCGCCUGCGACACGAGCACCUCCAAUCUUUCUGGUACUUCGCCUCCAAGAUCAACUUCACCCUCAUCGGCACCUUCGGUUCACUCCUAUGGGCAACCGCUCCUGCGCAGGAAGAAGCAGACUUCUACAAGACGCGCUUGCGCGAGUACCGCUGGACGCUCAGCGUGAGCAGCAACCGUGCGCAAUUUCUUGACUAUGCCGUCAGCAUGCUAGACGCCAGCCGCGCUAUGCUCAAUAACCUCGCCGAGAAGCCUUCUCUUGCGCAACAUAUCAGCAAUGUGGGUGUGCCUGCCGCACCGGCGAGGAAUCCCAAUGGCAUUGGAUAUCAACAAAACGACAGCGGGAGUCCGAUGGAGGGCCAGAUGUACAGUGCCGCAGACCUACGACGCAUCAACAGCGCUGAGAGCUUUCACGGUUUCGGCAGCGGGCCGAACAGUGGGGAGAACUCGUUGGAAGGGAGUGUCCAGGGUGAUGCGCAGUAG